UGUAAACUGAUCAGUGAGCAAACAAUAUAUGGAUUUUCUUCACAGUCGGUGAGCUUGCUCUAAACGGCUCUGUUUCGUGGGUCCCUGCCCUGUUGUGUUGUUUUUUUCUUCUUUCGGACCAGAGGGUAGGUACUUUGUCAGGUUACCGGGAGCGAGAUACAGAGGAGGGACAGCCAUGAGGACCAGUACUUGUGGGACAGUGAUGCUGGUGUGUGCCACCAUUCUGGGGCCCAUCACCAUCGUCUUUCUAGCAGUUUCGUUUGCGACAGACCACUGGCUGGAAUUUAAGGUGGACCCCGGUUACACGCGAUCGUCGUCGGAUAGGGACCGGGUGUCCCACACCCGACACAGAGGGAUAUUCCGGGAAUGUUACCCCGGGAACGACACAGCAUUUUUACUGACGGCCAAGGAUGUAGUUGACAACUACUGUUUCAACAUCGACUAUGAGGUUCCCGAGUCCAGCACCAUCACACUCAGUACUGAGUUCAUGGCCAGAAUCCAUCUCUCCCGUUGUUUCCUGGCCUUCUACGUGGUGGCGCUAGUGGUUUUCCUGCUAGCAUUCAUAUUUGGUCUGGUCGUAUGCUGCUGGAGAAGGUCUAAAUGGGCGUACAUCGCCGGCCUGUGCGCCUACAUUGCAGCAUUUGCGACUGCGGCGGCCAUCGCUUUUUUCCAUGGAGCAGAGUACCUCGAGAGGAACAAGAUUGAAGAUACCACGGAAUUCUACUCCAAGUGGACUGCAGGUUUGCAAAACGCUACAACUCGAUCUUACGGCUGGUCGUACGUCCUGGGAUGGGUCGGCAUGAUCCUCGCCGCACUCUCUGCAACGUUUUACUCGGUGGCUGGAUGCUACAUUGGAGGAGAGCGUUAUGAUGACAAAGAAUAUCUCGACAAAAGGCGGGAAUACAUGGAGACGCAGAUGGGACCCGACUACUAUUACGGCAGACCCUACCCACAACCCGCUAUGAUCGGACCCUAUGUUUAUGACAUGGAAACAAGACGUCAGCUGCCGGCCAUCGGAUACGGAGACCCGUAUGUUUCAUGGAGCUAAAAAGUAAACGUCCUAGGCAUCUCAAAACCUUCAAUAUGUUCCUAACGUUAUAAUUAUAGUAAAGGAAUGGAUUUUGACAUAUUACUUGCUUGUUUGUGUAAAAGACACAAGGACUUGAAUGGUUGGAACUCUCUACUGCCAGGUGUAUGAAAGAGAACAAUAGGCUAUCGAAGAAAAAUACAUUCCAUCUUGAUGCUUUCAUAAGUUUUGAAAGGGAAAUACGCACUAAAGAUUCACUCCAUGAUUUUUUUUAAAGUCGAAGAUAUCAUUGGGAAGAUUGAAAUUUUAUUAAUUGUUGGAUCAAAGAUUGUAGAAUUUAACAAUUACUUGUUUAGGUAUAGUUGAUAUAACUUCAUCACGAAACAUUUGAUAACCAUUGUACAUUUGUACGAAAGAGCGCAUUGUAUGAGAAGUAAUCUUUGUGUAUUUCAUGUGUUGUUACAUGUAUAUGAUAUUUGAAAAGAUCUUUUUGCUUUAUAUCCUAUCGAUUGGAGUCGUUUAUAAAUUUAUAUAUAUAUAGACAUUUGUAUGUGUAUAUAUAUGAUAUUAUGAAUCUACAUUACAAUGUAUCAUUCACAUAUAUUACAAAACAUAUCUUUCUAAAGUAUUGUGAAACGUUCAAAUUGAAUAUUAUAUUAUUUUCACAAUAUUA